UGAUCGAUCGGCCGGCCUUCCGGCCGGCGCGUGGGGGGCCCAAUGGGGGAUGUGGUGGCGGAGGCGGACCUCGCGGACCCGAACCCGGACGUGCAGGACCUGUUCCAGCACUACGACCGCCUCUACUUCCGGGGCGCGCUCGCCGACGCCGGCUUCAUCGUCAAGUGGGGCUCCUUGCAAUCCAGCAGUUCUUUUGGAUCUUGCACCUUUUCUAAACCGAGCAAUACCAUAACACUCUCCGAGCCGGUUCUGAAGUAUCUCUCAUGUACUGACCGGAAGAAUGCAUUGCUGCAUGAAAUGAUUCAUGCGAUCAUAUAUGUUAAGCGUCACAGAAAGGACAGCUGCCAUGGCCCUCUUUUUCGUGCUUGGAUGGAUGCUAUUAACUCUUGCUCCAUAAAGGAUCACCAAAGACCAGAUGGUGGGUACAAUAUCACCACCCGCCAUGAUUUCCGUCCAGAAAAGCCACACAGCUUCAAGGGUAUCUUGUGGAAGUGCGAAUCUUGUGGAGAUACACUUCUUAGGGCUAAAAACCAGGGUCCUCCAUCUGAUGCCUGCUGCAUUGAGAACGUUAACAGCGGUGGCGGCGCAUCCUGUGGGAACAUGCUUUGUCACUGGCACAACCACAAGAAUGACUGUUGUGGCACAUAUGAAAAAACAGAGUUGGAAUCAGAUGCACUAUCUCAAAAGAGAGUUCCAGGAGGUGCUCAGUUACUUCUGACUUACCCUCUGGAAAUGUCCAAGUCAAAAGGAGCCAUUCAGGAAUCCAGUUCAUCUGCAUUGCAGGGCAAUACUAAAGCUACAAAGCCGAAUGCUGAAGACAAACAUCUUCCUCUAGUGAGUGGUAGCAACGGGAAAUCUCAGGGGAGUAGCUCCUCCAAGAAGGCAAGCAAGAGGCGCAGGCCAGAAGUUGUUCUGGAAACAAGUGUUCUGCUUGCUGAAUCUCCAAGAAAAUCAAAGGGGAAGAAAGAUUUGGUUGCAGCAGAGGACGGCCUUUUAUCUCUAGUCGGUUGCAGCGCUCCAAAGUCAACAAGAAGUAGCAAGAAGGUAAUCAAGGCAGACAUGCGGCAUAAGCAUGAUGAUGUUCAGAAAUUCAGUGGUCUGCCUGCUUCUCUAGAAGGAAAACCAAAUCAGAAGAAAGUUGGCAAGCGGCAUAAGCCUGAUGAUGACCAGAAACCUAGUGGUCUACCUUCUACACCCCUAGGAACACCAAAACUGAAACACACAUUGAUCAAAACAGAAAAGGACAAGCUUUCCUCAGCAGAGGACUGCAAUGAUUCAAAAUCACCAAGAAGCACCUUAAGGAAAACAGGAGAGCAGCACGAGCUCCAGAUCGCUCAGAAAGCCUGUUCUCAGCCAGCUUACCCUCAGAAAGCACUGAAGCAAGACUUGGUUGCGCUGGAGAAGAAAGAACCUUCCCCUGCAAUGGGCUGCAGUGAUGAAAAGUUACUGGUUAGGAGCUCCUCAAGGAAGGCACAAAGGCAGCAUGAGCCUGAAGACAUUAGGAAAACCACUGUUGUGCCAGCUGCCUCAAAGAAAGCAGGAGAGCGGCAUGAGCUCCAGAUCGCCCAGAAAGCCUGUUCUCAGCCAGCUUGCCCUCAGAAGAGACUGAAGCAAGACUUGGUUGCACUGGAGAAGAAAGAAUCUUCCCCUGCAAUGGGCUGCAGCAAUGAGAAGUUACUGGGCAAGAGCUCCUCAAAGAAGGCACAUAGACAGCAUCAGCCUGGAGACAUUAGGAAAACCACUGUUCUGCCAGCUGCCCCUGGAUGUAAAGCAAAGGCAUCAGGCGUUGCUGCACCGGAGAAGCAGAGAAAGGGAAAAUGCAAAAGGAAGCCUGUGAAGGAAAAGGAGUAUGCUGUGAUGAGUGCGUGGCUGGACUACUAUGAGUCAGACAGGUCAAGCGGAUCAAUUGAGCCCCUUGUAAACAAAAGAACAGAGCGAAGAAGAAGAGAAAGAGAAAGAGCAAGAAUUCUGACUUAUUCACAAUCAAAGAAGACUAACCUUGCACCAUUGAUCAGCUCUAGGACAGACGCCUCAGUCAGUAGCCACAGAAUCAAGAUGUUGCCUCAUAAAGAUGAAUCGAUGCAACAGUCCCGGCCACCUCCUCCAUGCUCUGCUAGCCAAACCCCGGUAGUGGUGACACAAGCCACUGGAGAUCAUUCCCAGCCAUCUGCUCCAUGCCUGGAUAUUGUUCCACUUCAACCAGCAGAUCCACCAAGUUCACCUUCAGAUCAAAGCACCGCCCCUGACAUAAUAGAUAUUUCCGAUGAUGACUGAUCAUGAUACUCCUCUUAGAUGAUGUUAUAAUAGCUUAUUUUGGAUGGUUGCUCGGCUCAAUGGUAGCAAUCUUGCGACAGGCAAUGCGUUGUAUGGAUGAGCAACCAGCUCACUGGAUGUGGACAGUAUGCUAUGGUGUUGGAAGUGACAUAGAUCCGGUUAUUCUUACUCUAGACUAGUUCUGAUGACCCCAGGACUACAACUCACGAACCAUCCCAGCGUAAAUUGUUGAGACAGAGUCACGUAUCUGCAGCAUGUAACGUUGAACUAUUUCGUGAACAUCACGCCAGACUGCGAGUGCUACAGCAAUACAGCAUGAAUGCCUUUUGCCUAAAUGCUUCUCCUAAUGUUUCAUCCAGUGUCUGCGUGAUUUUUUUUAUUCUUACUUGAUUUGUGCCACUUGCAUUGCUGCAACAAUGUACAUGAGUUCAACUUCCUCAACCCACACGGGGUCUUGAAACAGCAAGGUAAAAAGCUAAGAAAAAAAAUAGAUUCAGUAAACUGAUUCAUGACCUUUAUAUCCGGUUAUAAAGUCUGUCUGUAAUGGUAAUCUAAAGUUAUGUACUAAACAGCAAAGCCAGACAGAAACAAAUUCAAGACUAGGGGUAGCAAACAGGCGAAACAAAU